GGUACCCGCUCGCACCCGCGCAUGCGUGCUCCGCACGGUUUGUGCCUCCGUCGCGGCCUGCGGAAAUUUUUCGGCGGAAACCCAGCGGCGAGGCCGAGGCCCCGGCCCCGGGACAGGCCGCAGACCCGGGGGGAGGCGGCGCUGCAGCCGGACCGCCGGCUGAGGCGGGAUCGGAGCCCGAGGCGGCGGCGGGAAGGCGCGAAACUGGAUACUGGAUAUUGGACAAGGAACGUGGCAAAUCUGAGUCAGUGGCGGGGUCGAGAGAGGCGGUGGUGAGCUGGAGCUGGUGUCGUCAGCGCGCGCAUGUGGAAACUGAUGCCGUGUUUUCAGAUGAUGUCGCUACGGGCAGUGCAUCGAUGAGAUACGGGAGGAAGCCAAGGAUAAAUCCUUGAGGUAAACCUCAGUCUAUUGAUGGGAGAGUCACCUGCCUGUUAAAGAUUCAUUUGGCCAGCUUGCUGCCAGUAUGGAUGAGCAGGAAGCUCUUCACUCCAUCAUGCAGGAUCUGGCUGUGCUCCACAUGGCUAGUCGACCUCUUCUGUCAUUGCACGAGACAGGGAAACCCAAGACCUCAUCCAGUAAUCAGAAUGAUAUUCGAGUCAAGUUUGAAUUUCGUGGGGAGAAGAGAAUCCUCCAGUUCCCCCGACCAGUCCUGCUUGAAGACAUUGCAGCUAAAGCCAAGGUUGCCUUUGGUCAGCCAAUGGGCCUGCACUACACCAAUAACGAGUUAGUGAUCCCUCUGACCACACAGGAUGAUUUGGAUAAAGCCAUCGAACUCCUGGACCGUAGUGUGCACAUGAAGAGCCUAAAAAUCCUGUUGGUGCUUCAGUCAAAUAUCCAGGUAACAAGCCUCAGCAAUGUGGAGGCCUUACAGAUGCUGGAUGACUUGGACAACAGCACAGGCUACAUGGGUGCAGAGAGGAAAAGCAGGCUCCCAAUGAUUGCUUCACAGACAUCAGAUAGGAGCUCUCCACCACCCGGGUACAUUCCAGAUGGGCAGCAGCAGGUUGCACGAAAUGGAUCCUAUACCAGCAUCAACAGUGAGGGCGAAUUCAUUCCAGAGAGCAUGGACCAAAUGCUGGACCCACUGUCGAUGAGCAGCCCGGAGAACUCGGCAUCUGGGAGCUGUCCCUCCCUUGACAGUCCCUUAGACAGUGAUAUUUAUCCCAAGGCUCGGAUGCCGAGGGCACAGAGCUAUCCAGAUAAUCAUCAGGAUUAUUCAGAUUGUGAUAUUCCAACAUUUGAUAAAAUAGGGAAGGGUGGGACGUACCCACGAAGAUAUCACAUCCCCUACCAUCAUCAUGACUACACUGACGGUCGUAAGACGUUUCCCAGGGCAAGAAGGACGCAUGGAAACACUUUCCGCUCUCCCGUUAACUUCAGUCCCACGGAACUUUCACUGAGCACCAGCAGUGGGAGCAGUGUUUUCACUCCGGAGUACGAGGAAAGCAGGAUGAGGAGAAGGGGCAGUGACAUCGAUAACCCGACGCUGUCCGUCAUGGACAUCAGCCCCCCCAGCCGUUCUCCAAGAGCGCCUUCGAAUUGGCGACUGGGCAAGCUUCUGGGCCAGGGGGCCUUUGGCAGGGUGUACUUGUGCUACGACGCUGAUACUGCAAGAGAACUGGCAGUGAAACAAGUUCAGUUCGACUCCGAUAGUCCUGAGACGAGCAAGGAGGUAAAUGCUCUUGAAUGUGAGAUCCAGUUACUGAAGAACCUCCAACAUGAGAGGAUUGUUCAGUACUAUGGCUGUUUGAGAGACCCUCAGGAGAGAACUCUUUCUAUCUUUAUGGAAUAUAUGCCAGGGGGUUCAAUAAAGGACCAGCUCAAAGCCUAUGGUGCACUGACAGAGAAUGUGACACGCAGGUACACUCGGCAGAUCCUGGAAGGUGUUUCCUAUCUGCACAGCAACAUGAUUGUGCACAGAGAUAUAAAAGGUGCAAACAUUUUACGGGAUUCUGCCGGCAAUGUGAAGUUGGGAGAUUUCGGCGCCAGUCGAAGGUUGCAGACAAUCUGUUUGUCAGGGACGGGCAUGAAGUCUGUCACUGGCACCCCUUACUGGAUGAGCCCAGAAGUGAUCAGUGGAGAAGGUUAUGGCCGGAAAGCCGAUAUCUGGAGUGUUGGGUGCACGGUUGUGGAGAUGCUCACUGAGAAGCCCCCUUGGGCUGAGUUUGAAGCCAUGGCAGCAAUAUUCAAGAUCGCCACCCAGCCAACAAACCCUCAGCUGCCUCCUCGUGUGUCAGACCACAGUCGGGACUUUUUGAAAAAGAUAUUUGUGGAGGUGAAGCAGAGGCCAUCAGCAGAGGAACUGUUACGCCACACCUUUGUGCACUGUCACUAGCAACUAACCUCAACAUCUGAUACAUUUAUUUUCUAUCUGAUUGCACUUUUUCAACGUAUAAUUUUGGUGAUUCUAGGUGUUUCCUAGGUUGUAAUUUAUACUUAAAUUUGUAUUUAUAAUGAGAUUUUUUUGCAUUCUCAGAAAGGGAAUGAUCAGAAGGUUUUUUACAGUGUAUUCACACAGUACUCUGAUGUUCUUCAAGGUAAAGCACUUUAUUACAUAGCUCAUUCCUGAUUAACGGUGGUCGGAUGCAGUGUGGCUGGCCCUAGUUCCCUCACUAAUUGUACGAAUUUAUCCUCUGUCGAUAGCAGAGACUGAGCCCCCUAAAUGCGUUGAACCGCAGUACCUAAUACAAGAGACUGUUAUGCAAAUCAUUUCUGCAUUGCUAGUUUUUUUGUGGAUUAUCUGCCAUGAUGUAAUCUGUAGCCUGGAAUCCGUGCAGGUUCACCCAUAGUCCAGUAUUGCACCAUAGAAAUCAGAAGUAUCAUUAUAGAGGUACAGGCGCACUGUGUCACCACAGUAAUUAUCAGUUCCUCCUUCCUUCAACUUCCACAUCAACCAGAACAAGCCGUACUCCAGAUGGAGCGGAGGAAGAUCCAAGGGUUUGGCAUUGAUCAGGAGCUGGCAUUAGCUGUGUCCUAAAGCCUGCCCUGGAAUGUUUGCCUACAACUGCUGCCACUGUCAGCACUCCAGACAAACCUGUAAUUAAGUACUUUAGUUGUUUGUUCUCCAUGUCUUUGCCCUUCGGAUUCUGUUGAGGUGACACUUGGGUAAAGAGCUGCCUGGCCGGGGCUGACUUCACAUCAGGUUGCCUCUGGGCAGUGGUACUGAGUCCAUCUCUGCAGUGCUGUCUGAAACCCGGUGCUAUUUCACUUGCCAAACAGGCAUCGUUAUAUCGUGUGACUAUUACCGCAAACUGAGCUGAUGCCUUUGUCUUACUCCCAGCUGUGCCAAGCACGAUUCUCCUGAAUUCUGCGAGCCUCGAAUUUAAGUCAUUAUCUGAGCUUAAUUAAUCUCAGGAAUUUACAGUGCCGAAACAUUAGCCACCAAUGCUUCCUCAAUCCAAACUAGGUGUCAUUCAAUCCACUUUUACAGAUCCUUUGUUAUUCUCGCGAGGAUGGUUUGUUAAUGAGUUACUUCAGCUCUUGAGAACAAGUUAUGCCAUUCUAAGCUACUGUAACCUAUCUGGCCAUUGCACUCUCCCUUCUGUGGUGCUUCCAUUGCUGUGGUCCUUGCGCCUUCCAGUAGGAUUAGCCAUCAGCGCAAGGACCACAGCGGUUCAAGUAGAAUGCCCAGGACCGUCUCAGGGUAGACUUGUGGGUACAAUUUACAAAAACACAACAUCAGCAAGCAAUUCUUUAGCUGCUUGUAACUCACUGGAAAUACCUAAGUAGUACUGUACUCUGAUCAAAACCGUGUCCUGGGCUAAUAUAUGCAAGAGGCUUUGAUUGACACUAUGCAAAACAGCUCCAGAUUAACAUGCAUGCUUCUAUGAAACAGUAUUGUUCUUUAUUUGACGGCAUAGGCCUGGUAAUUCAGCACCUUUUGUAGCCUCAUAAUUCAGCUGUUCAACUUUCAUUUUCCAUUAUUACAUGGAGGAAAACAAAUUAGGAAGUGUUUCUAACUAUUAUAUUCACUUUAUUCCCAGUGCAGCCUUUACAUCAAACAGUCCCUUCCUAUCUUGAGGUUUCUUGAACUUAAUCCCAUCCAAAAUUUUACUUCCAUGACCCUCGCUCCUUCCCCCUGUAGCUUCCUGUAGCCCUGCAGACCUGCAGGGUCGCUGCUCCCCUCCAGUUCUGGCCUCCAGCAAUAUGCUGAAUAUUGUCAGUGCACCAAACUCGAGAAUUUUCUCCCUAAACCUCUGGGCCUCCCCAAUUUCAAGCUGCCCCAUCAAGUCAACAUCUCUGGCCCAUCUUUUGGUCACUUGCUCUACUAUCUCUUUGAAAUAGUGAGCCCAGUGUCAAAUUUUUUCUGAUCUAUGCACCUGUGGGGUGCUUUCGGAUGUUUGAACCUUAAUUACAAUCCUCAGUGUUUCAUGUGGCUGUAUCUUCACAUCCUUUACCCUGCGUCUCUUCUCCUGUUCGCCUUUUCUGCCUUUCCAGUUAGAUGUGGAUCAGAAGGUUAGGUAAAAUUUCAAGAAAGUGCAGUGUCACAUGAACCUGCAGAGGAAGGCUGUUUAGCUCUUGAUCUUGCAAUGCAGACCUUCAGAACAGUACUAGCAUCAGUGUGUAGAGGCCUGCAGUGCAUCUCCC